GUCGGAGAGAGUGUUUUGCGUCUCGCAGCCGAGAAACUCGAAAAGCGGGAGAAUGUUUUGAUUUAAGAUGCGCAGAACGCAAGCACACUCCCCGAGCGAAGCAGCGCGUGUUCCUUCUGCUCUGACCUUAAUAUCUCGCCAAACGACAUCUGUUGGAGCGAGAGCAGCAAGAUUUCGAACAGCUGAGUUGAGGGCUCAAAGGAUUAGAACAUUUCCCGCCAGUCCAGCAGCAUGGAGUGAAAAGGCAAUCUUAGCAGAAACUACUAGUACUACUUAUCUUCAAAGAACAUACGGGUAUAUUGGGUGACUGUAGCCGGAUGAGACUGGCGUGCAAUAUGUACAUUCCUUCAUUUUAUUGGCUGUUGCUAACUGCAUGUUCUGUUUCGAUAAAUCAUGUUACAGGUGAACCGGAAUCGUACCGAGAGCAGGCGCAAUCUGUGCUUGCUCGGCAACUGCGCCGAACGGAUAACAAGAACGUGGCAAAGAACAUCGUGCUGAUUGUCGGGGAUGGCAUGAGUCUUGCCACAAUCGCAGCUGCACGAGUCCUCAAAGGACAGAAGGCGGGACGACCAGGGGUAGGAGAAGAAAUGCUCUAUGAGACAUUCCCCAACGUUGGGCUGGCCAGAACGUACGCGACGGACAAAUACGUGCCAGAUUCGGCGUCGACGGCCACAGCUUUCCUCUGUGGCGUUAAGACUAAAUACGAGGGAGUGGGAGUGGACGACAGAGUCCGGCACUCGGACUGCUCCAGCGUGCCCGGCACUGAAGUGCGCUGCAUUGGAGAAUGGGCUCUGGCAGAAGGCAAGGCUGUGGGUUUAGUAACGAACAUGCGAGUGACACACGCCACUCCUGCGCCCCUGUAUUCUCAUUCCGCUGACCGAUGGUUCGAGUCCGACGCCAACUUCAAGACUGACAGAGAUCGCAGCCUCUGCAAGGACAUUGCUCGCCAACUGGUCGAAGACUACCCGGGAAAGAACUUGCAGGUUAUACUUGGUGGUGGUCGCGAGGCGUUGAUGCCCAACACAACUUUUGACCCCGAGUAUCCUGAGAAGCGUGGCAAGAGGGUGGACGACCGGCAGCUUAUCGAGACGUGGAAGAAGCACAAGGAAGAAGGCAAGCACCGAUACCGCUAUGUUUGGAAUAAGAAGGAUUUUGACAAAGUAGAUCCCAGGAAGACGGACUACCUUCUCGGUCUGUUCGAGCCGGCACAUUUGUAUGAUGUGACAGAUCGGGGCAACAUGAAAUCCGAUUUCGACGAGCCGACUCUUGCCCAGAUGACAGAGAAAGCCAUCCGUAUCUUGUCCCGCAACCCUCGGGGCUUUUUUCUGUUGGUGGAGGGAGGGCUCAUCGACAAGCGACACCACAGCGGAAGGGCAGUCAGGGCCGUCUCGGAAGCCCUUGACCUUGAGAACGCGGUCAGAUCAGCGCUGGACCUCACCAACAGGGAAGAGACACUGGUCAUCGUCACCUCUGACCACUCGCAGGGCAUGAAUUUCGCAGGAUACGCCAAUGUUGGAGAGGAUAUCUUCGGCAUUGCCGAGAUUUCGAACGUGGACAAGAUGCCGUAUACCACCCUCAUGUAUUCCUCAGGGCCUGGCUAUAGGAUUUCAGCAACCGGCAGGGAAAAUAUUACCGGUGUGAACACAGCCCAUAAGGACUAUCUUCAACAGGCGACAGUUCCUCGAUCGACCGCGACGCAUGGUGGGGAGGACGUGGGCAUAUAUGCUGUGGGGCCAAUGUCCCACCUGUUCACAGGAGUCUACGACCAACACUACAUCGCCCAUGCCAUGGCCUACGCAGCUUGCAUUGGCCGCAACAAAGAUCAUUGCAACGGCGGUGAUGGUUUACCAGGAGAGGCAUCCUCUCUGAGUCAGUGGAGGUGGUGGACACAGGUUGCAGUCGCCUUGGCAACCUUAUUAGUGAUAUAUUGAGCUGAAUUCAUUGUUACUGACAUAAAAUCCCCGGUUGUUAUCAAACUCUUACGAUGAAGAAUCAAUAUGAAUGUUGUGAAAGGAGGUUUCGAAAUCCUUGAAUGUGUUCAUUGAAUACAAAAAUCAUCCUAAAAUGUUAUGAGAUCACUCUAUUUUGAAUUCUAUAACUUCGAAAUGUUCAAUAUUUUUAUAUGCAAAAGGUGAAGAAGUGAUUAUAUCUUAAAAAUAAUAUUUUUGGACGAAAAUUGCAAAAGAAUUGAAGAGAAGAAAUGAUUAAAAAGUAAUUUUUGAACAAAACUCUGUUCUUAAAUUUGAAUUGUUAGAAAACUUCUGACGUUUAAAAUAACACCAUUAUUUUCAAGAAAUAAUAGCAUUAUUGAUUCUUAUACAAGUGACUUUAGGAUGAAAUUAAGUAAUUAAAUUCCUGCUGAAAAUUAUGUGAUUUUUUAUAAAUAUAAAGUUCAAAUCAAUAAUUAUAAAUAUAUAUGCUUUAAUUUUUUUAAAAUCAAAAAUAUGAAAUAAAAAAUAAGCGAAAUAAUUAAUAAUUAAAAAGGAAUAAUUUAAAAAUCCUGAAUCCUGGCCUUAUGAUUAUUAUUGUUUAAAAAUGUUGAAAAUGUUUGAAAAGUUUACCGUUUCUUUCAAGACUGAGUUAAAUACAGAAGAACAUAAAAGAUGGAUAAAGACUUUAAGAAAAGAUGAAUGCAGUUUGAAAGGUUGCACUUUGCAAAGAGCUGCGGAAUAAGCGAUUUUAUUGUGUUCAUUAUUUACUUUAGAGCUGCAACUCUUUUUUUGCUGUAAAUAUUGUUUGAAAAUGAAUGUGAUUGAACAAUGUCGAGGAAAAGAAUUAGUUGUGAAGAUAGAGGAAAUGAGAGACAUUUAGCCGAUACACUUUUUAUUUUUUAGAGUUCUAUUGUUUUGUUAAAUGUUUGAGCAGCUAACUUUUGUUUUUAAUGUACAUUUUGUUCUUAAUUUUUAAUAAAUGUCUUGUUAAUUUUUGUAAA